AUGGAUUCUAACGGUCUUUCUAAACACGUUGUUAAGAUCCGAUUUGUAGUUCAUACCAUGGGACUUGCUGGCUGGGAUACAAGCAGGAACCAUUGGUCUAUAUUCCUUAUCCUAGAAGGCGAGACUUCGUCCGUUCGCUUAAACAUGUCCCUUGUGGAUGGUGGCGAUGAAAAUGGGACCCUUACAACCUCCAUGCACCCUUAUAUCCAGUCAAAUUCCGGUCUCAUGUAUUUCGAUUACAAUGCAUGUGCGAAUCUCACAGUAGGGCACUGCCUCGGGAUAAUUCAGCAAAAGGGGCGGCAUAGGUACCGAAUGGCUGGGAGUGGAAAUGGUUGUCGUUAUUGGGCAUGGAAUAUCUUCCUGGAUUUCUCCCGGCAAGGUUACAUUGUGCUACCAGAAAAUGGGGAAUCACAGUUUGGACAGCGAAUACAAACAAGAUACCAUAGGAACGCUCAGGGGACCAUCAAUCAAAUCCCAGACCCGAUGGAAAUGGGAGAGUUUUUCUAG